AUGGCCAUCCUUGAAGCCGUUCCUGGUGUAAAGGUCACCGUGCGCAUCAACGGCGUAGACUGUCCGGAAUAUGAUGAUCCUAAUGUUCCUGAGCAGCAGCCCAGCCAUCCGACAUUGUCGAAAUACAUUGAGUCACCCGAUAACAUCGAGUUCACUCUCUGCGCAAGCGUAAAUAAAGAUUACGACUGGGGUGACAGGAGCGACUGUCUUUGUUUCCAGGUCUGGGUCGAUUCUACUUGGAUUAAAGGUCCAAUAAUCUAUAAAACAAACCUCACGAAUGGGCAGUAUGAGAGCGUGGUCAAAGGCAAAUACAUAUUCUGCGAUCACACUAAAUCAUGGUUCAACCAUGCACUUAAAUUCUCUACAGUAAAGAUCGUCGAGAGCAUGACGAAAGAACGCAUCAAGAAAGACCAACAAGUAGCCAAAAAUCUCGGGCUAAUCGAGGUUAAAGUUGAACGUAAAAUCCAUCUUGACGAGAACCGCAACCAUCACGGGGACACUGGUUGGGGGCUUUCUUCUUUUGAACUUGCCGAGAAGUCCCUAAAGGGCAAAUCAAUUUCCCAUGGAACUAUUUUAUCUACUGGUACAAAUGUUUCACGCCCGAGGUUUAUGCGAACCAAACGUCUCCCGGAUGAUAAUGGCCCUAUUGCAAUCUUCCAAUUUCGAUACAGAUCAAAAAAGGCUCUCCAGCAAGAGUUGAUAAUCCCACAGACUCCACCCAGAUCACCAAGUCUAGAUGGGCUUUCUACGGCCGAAAUAACCCGACUAGCAAAGGAGAGACUUGAGGAAAUAAAUGCAAAAAAGCAGCUCGUCAAAGAAGAACCGAAAUCUAUCAAACGUGAGGUUGAUGAGGUUUAUGAUCUAACUGAAGAUGGUACAUCAACUCGCCCUGCUAAGACUCGACGUCUUCCACCCGAAGUCAUAGACCUUACUGAUGACUAA